AUGGACCCAACGGAUAUGUUGUGGUUGUCGAAGCCACCUACUGUCAGUGAAUUUGUUACCAAUUCGAAAAUUACUUUCAAACCAGCAGUGCGGACACCAUCCCAUGAUUCUGUUCAACAUGAGCUCGACACUGAAACGCCUCGCAAACCAGAUCGUAUUUCGAAAAAGCUGCGUACCUUUUCGCUCGGCGAUUCUGAGGGACUGAAAAAGUCAUUGGAGAAACAUCCAAGUUCUUCACCAGUGGAUAUUCCUCGCCCCCGACGAAUCAGUAUUAGCGAGAUGAUUUUUGGAUCUUCUGCAGGAGGAUUUAGCUGGGGACAGAGCAGUCUACAAGGAUCACCUUUAAACGAGACAAAAAUGUCAAUUACUGAGGACGAGAAAUUCAAAGAGUUUAUGAAGCAUCAGAAUAAAAUUCUUGGCGACGAUGGCAUCUGCAGUUUCAAGAAGGGCGAUUACAUGGAGGCUCAUGCCGAAAAUAUCAAGGAAGGUCGUGAUAAGGAAGCUUGA